UUCUGCUGUGGCAGAGGUUCUGCCACAACGGCAGGCGUCCUUGGGCUUCACCGCCACCAAGCCCUAGAGAGAGUGGGAGGCGGGGUGAGACCAGUGUCCCCACCUCGGCUUCUAGAAAUAGAAAACGCUGUGAGUCGGGAGCCAGAGCUUUUUGUUCUCGUCUGAGCCCUGCCAGGGGCUCCCUGCGUGACUUCGGGCGAGUUCUGCCCCUCACUGGGCCUCCAUCUCCCCACCUGCAAAGUGAGAGGGCUCUUUCGGUGGAUCUAAGUUCCAAAUGGAAUUAAAUUCACUUUUUUAACCAGCUUCCUCUAAGACGUGUCCCAGAUUCACCAGCCACGUCCCUUCUCCCGCAACGUGGCUGCACCCUGACCCUUGGACCCUCAGGUUUCAGCUGGAAACUUGUAUCAACUUUGGGGGAAGAAGCAGCAUCUAGCCUGUGGAGAGGAGGCUGAAGAAUUUGUUUCCUGUGCGUUGAGGCACUAAUCCUUUCACUGCUGUCCACCCAGACAGAUGUUGUUACCUCUAUUAAAGACGAAGCUGGGGCGCAGAGAGGCUUAGAGACAGUGGAAGGGAGCACUGGCUGGAGAGUCUAGGUUAUGCUGCUGACUCAGUGAGAUCUUAGGAUCUUCUGCUGGGAAGACAGUACCCAAGUGCCAGCAAUCCUGGCCCACGUGGCCUGGAAAGAGACACCCGUCAGAUCAAGGAGAGGUUCUUGUCCAGCCUGGUUUCCUCUUGGCCCUGGGAACCUAAGGUGGACCUGGGGUGGAUUCGGUCCCCUCCUAUAGACCCAUGGCUCACCGGCGGAAAAUACAGCUGUUGACAUGGGACGUGAAGGACACGCUGCUCAGGCUCCUCCGGCCCGUAGGGGAGGAAUAUGCCUCCAGGGCCCAGGCCCACGGGCUGGAGGUGGAGGCCACAGCCCUGGAUCGAGCCUUUAGGCAGGUGUUCAAGGCUCACAGCCAAAGCUUCCCCGGCUAUGGCCUGAGCUACGGCCUUACCUCCUGCCAGUGGUGGCAGGAUGUGGUCCUGCAGACCUUCCAUCUAGCGGGUGUUCAGGAUGCCCAGGCUGUGGUCCCCAUCGCUGUCCAGCUGUACAAGGACCUCAGCAGCCCCUGCUUCUGGCAGUUGUUGGAGGGAGCGGAGGCCACCGUAAGGGAAUGCCGGAAACGAGGCCUGAGGCUGGCAGUGGUCUCCAACUUCGACCAGCGACUAGACAACAUCUUGGCAGGUCUUCAUCUGCGGGAACAUUUCGACUUUGUGCUGACCUCUGGGGCUACCGGCUGGCAAAAGCCAGACCCCCGCAUUUUCCAUGAGGCCUUGCGGCUUGCUCAGGUGGAACCAGCGGUGGCAGCCCAUAUUGGGGACAGUUACCACAAUGAUUACCAGGGGGCACGGGCCAUAGGCAUGCACAGCUUUCUAGUGGUUGGCCCAGGGCCUCUGGAUCCUGUGGUCAAAGAUUCUGUGCCCCAAGAACAUAUCCUCCCCUCAUUGCCCCAUCUCCUGCCUGCCCUUGACCGCCUGGAGGGCUCAUCCACAGGGCAGUGAGGGAAGCGGCUGGGCCCAACAAACCCUGGAGACAGGGAGCCCUUUCCUCUCCAAAAUCUGGCCUUUACUCUCUCCCUGCAGCCUCCCCUGUGCAUUCUGACUAUAAUGCAGCAAGCGUGAGGCUUUUAGCCCUUCCCCACUAACCAGCUCCUGGUCUCUGAGAUGGUUCAUUCAUCACGCCUGUGUCCCUUUGCCACCACAGGACCCCCUCACCUCCAACAAGAUUCCCUGAGGGCCCACCAACGUUUUUUCUAUACAAUGGCUCUAGUAGCAUUUAAUUGUCUUUAAUGUCAUUUGAAACAAUUUUGUUAGAUUGUAUUGUGACAGCUGUCCUAUCAGCAUGCAUUAAAAAAAUCAAUUGGUGAAA